UCUUACGCAACCCUGGUUUAUGAGGGAAAAUGUAUCGUCUCGGUCAACAGUUUAUUUCCCAGAUCGCCUUCAAUUCCUUUUUAUCCGCUGUGCCACGGGAAUAUUUUCAUUUUACGAGACAAUAUAGUAAAAGCUGUUCGUGUAUUGGGUGAUUUUUGAUCAAAACUACACGUUUAUCUGCACGAAAAUGCCGAGGACCAAGAAGAAGAAUAGUAGGGGGGGGCAACAUGGAAAUGUGCAUCCUUUCAGUGAUGAGGAUGCCUCCAUUGAGACCCUCAGUCACUGCAGCAGCUUCAGUGACACCGCCAGUGUCGCGGAUGAAGGUGGAGAGGCCAGUGAGGACACAGCCCAGGAGGACUUCCAGUACAAGCUGAAGGGGUUCAUAGACAGCACGGUUGAUAAGAGUGCUAAGACCAGACAAGGCGCACUGGAUGGGCUUAAGACGGCAAUGGCCACACGGAUCCUGUACGAGUUCAUCUCGGAGAGAAGGAUGACCAUCACAGACAGCAUUGAACGCUGCCUCAAGAAAGGCAAAGGAGAGGAGCAGCGAGCGGCAGCUUCUUUAGCCUGCCUGCUGUGUAUCCAGCUGGGCUCGGGCAUCGAGAGCGAGGAGGUGUUCAAGACCCUGAAACCCAUCUUCAAAAACAUCCUGGCAGAUGGAUCAGCCAACAUACAAGCCAGACAGGCUGUUGCAACAAGUCUGGGCCUCUGUACUUUAGUUGCAGAAGAUGACAUUUUGGACGUGCAUGCCACCAUGGAAUGCUUUGAGAACCUGUUCACCCGGUCCUAUGCGAGGAUGGACGGUACCUGUCCUCUGAUCAAUCCCCAGAUGAGCCAGCUCCACACCAACGCCCUACUGUCCUGGGCUCUGCUGCUCACCAUCUGCACCGCCAACCAGCUCAAAGACAUCCUGCGCACACACCUGCCUAAACUGCCGAGAUUGCUGGAAAGUGAGGACGUCAACAUGAGAAUUGCUGCAGGGGAGACGAUUGCCCUGCUCUUUGAGUUGGCUAGAGACAUGGACUCAGAGUUUGAGUUUGAUGACUGGGAGCAACUUUGUGACAAACUGAACGCGUUGGCCACGGACUGUAACAAGCACCGAGCCAAGACCGACAAGAGGAAGCAGCGGUCGGUGUUCAGAGACGUACUCAAGGCUGUUGAGGAGGGUGACUUCCAGUCUGAGACCAUUCGCUUCGGGACAGAGCGCAUGACCAUCGACAGCUGGGUUAGAAAGAGGACGUAUGAUGCCUUCAGAGAGUUUGUGGGCUCCGGGAUGAACUACCACUUACAGGCAAAUGAAUUCAUCAGAGACGUGUUUGAACUGGGACCGCCUAUGUUGGUUGAUUCCGCCACAAUGAAGUCCAUGAAAAUCUCUCGCUUUGAAAGGCAUCUGCACAACUCUGCUGCGUUCAAGGCUCGGACCAAAGCCAGAAGCAAGUUCAGGGACAAGAGGGUGGAUGUGGGAGAAUUUUAACCUUUUUUAUUUUUUUUCAUUCUAAUACCCUAUUUAUCAGGCUUUCCUGCUUUUUAGAUGAGUUGUCACGACUUUGCGUCCAUGUGCUCCUCCCUUGAAGUCUGUCUUUUGAAUAUUAAACACUCGCCCUCUGUAGACGCUCUGCUCCGUAGUGGACACAUUGUUUUUAUAGCUGCCUUUUAAAACCUACAGGAGGUGAGUGUUUGAUAAUCAAACAAUAGAUUUUUGCAUAGAGUACAACUUAAGUGUAUCCACACAUCAACGGUGGUGUUGUACAUAUAGUGUAUAUUUGUUUGCUGCCAAUGUUGAUAUUCAUAAUGCAGCCUUUUUUUGUUUCUUUGAACUUAAGUUAUAUGUUUUUUUGUCAGCAUUUAUCUUGCACCUUGUAGGUCUAGUUAGUUCAUAGCGACUCAUUCUGUGACCGAUCGAACCCCUUCAUGAAUUUAUUUUCCGUUUCACUACCUUGAUAACCCAUAGCAGGUAAUUUCUGUAGAACCUCUGUGAAUAUUGUGAGGCCUUUUUAGUUUUGGGUAUACAAGUUAACGGGGAUGGUGAAAUAAACGACAACUGUAAGAAAUGGAUCCCUAACUUUUGUUUGUUUUUUUUUACACAAGAUGUACUUAACUGACAGUGAUGCUGAUUAACAUUAUGGGGAUGCUCAAAGCAUCAUUCCGCUUUGUUAAAAACAACAUGGCAGUAGGUUUUGGGGAAGUGACAUGAAAAAGAAUGUAACUGGAAGAGGAGAAGUGAGUUUUAGAGAGAGAUAUUUUUAUUUAUUGCUACUUCCACAUAUCGGAGGAAAUUGCAGCCGAGGGUACAGUGGCAUUAUAGUGAGCCUGACAGCAGUACUCCCCACCUCUAUCUUCAUACAUUGAUACACGUCCACAGGAAAUAACAGGUUCUACAUUGUUCACAGUAUAUUUUCUCACUGGGGCCCCACUUGAAAGCUUCUUUAAUAGGGCCAUGAAAUGGUCCAUAAAUAUGAGUAUCUCAUGACAAAGGUUAAUGUCACAAAGCUACAAAUGAUCCCAUCAAUAUGUUUGUCCUGUUACCCAGGAGUUUGGUGCGCACACAGGCAUCCUGCAGUCGAUACUCUGUCAGCAGCCUCAGACCUCAGGUGAAACACUGUUGCCUUCAGGAGGAAGCAGCAACAUGGAGUUGAUACAUUUAUCAUGGCCUGUCUUUUGGCUUUCUCUCAGAGGAUGGUUGUGUUUACGGAGGACUUUAAUGGCUCCAUUAGCCUUUUAAAAACUGUCUAUUACAUUUUUAAAUACACUUUUUUUUAUUAAUAUAUUUAAACUUUUAAUUGUGUCAUUUAGAAGUUUUUAUUUUGUUGAACCAUUAACUGCGUACCACACGUUCAGGCAGUAAUCAGCCUCGACUUCUAGCCCUCCCUCCUCAUCAAACCCCAUGUCUGUGACUGACUGCCUCAGCCAAACGGCAUGUGGUAAAGUUCUGCCCUGUCAUGUCCCUCAGAGAACACCAUGGUCUCCUGCCAUCAAUGGAAGGUCGUGUUUGGCUUAUCUGCAGCCUCCCUGACAUAAAACCUGUGGGUUGAUGCUGUGACCUGAGAGGCAAACCGAGGGGUCGACACAACCUCUGGUUAUUCUACUUGCACCUUUUUAAACCCUUGUAAAUUGAGUGCGAGAAUUUCAAACCUCAGAGGUAAGUGCACUUGUUACACUCAUUCAUGAGAAAUUUAAACUGAACAAAAUUGCACUGGCAGUUACUGUUUACAUUAAGAGUCCUUCGCCUCAUGAAGACGUUUGGUUUAAAUGAUUUGGGAUGAAAUAAUUUGCUUGGCUUCAGUCUUCUUUGGAGAGAAAAGGUGGACAAUGCAUUUCUCAACAACCUGAGUAAGUGAUAUAUUGUCAUUGUAGGCCUGCUGGUGGUGGAUUACCAUAAAUUAUAAAAAAAAAAAAGUACUAACAAACUAGCAUGAAUAAGUUUUUGACAGUGGUUACUUUGGAAAUCCAGGCUGCAUUGCCAGGCUGAGUCAGGUUUCAAUUGAAUAAGACAAAAUGCAAAAAGGAGUACUCUAUAGAUUCAGCAUAGCUCUUCUAUGACAUUGUUGGACUCAUGAUGGUAAAAUAAAUGAUCAUAAUCAAUGCAGCAGAACAGUUUUUAUUCCACACAUUCUUCCUCCCUGUCAGAAACUCCUGCCUACGUUACCCACAGGGCAACUGGAUGAUUGCUAAAAGGACCUGUAGAGGGAGACUGAUAAUUCUCUGGGUUCAUCACUACCAUGAUCCCCUCUCACAUACACAUAAUCAUUUAAUCCAUUCUUAAUCUGAACAUAUUGAUUGCAGUAGCUUGAAAUCCGAUUAAUCAGUGUUUACUGGAGAAUUUAAUACUUGCUAUUAAAAACCAUAUUAAAGGUUUCAGUGUUGAUUCUCUGGUCUGAAAACCAAAUUCCCCCAGCUUCUCUGUGGAUAACCAUUAUCAUUUGAUUAGAUCCUCUCUAACUUUGUGGGUAGAAAGGAAUGUGCAGAAAGCUAAUGGCCUAUUGUUGUUAUUCAUAUUUCAUCACAGGCUGUUUGCAAUGAAAAACCAUCACUCGGUAAUUAAGAGGGAUGAAUCAGGAGUGAGAGAUGUGGCAAGGUUUCUUCCAUUUAAUCAAUAAUUAGUUUCAUUUGUGUCGUUAUGUGCUCGUUGCAAUUUGUGAGACUGAAUGCUCUGUGUUUCAUCUACUUAUUGGCUGAGCGGCUCCUUUUGUGGGGUUUUGUUGUGAGCAAGAUGAGGGAAAAGCGGUGGAAAGUGCACUGUGCGUCAGGAGACUUGGAACUAAAAACAACAUGUCGUUGCAGUGGGUUUGGAUUCCACCUGUGGGUGUGUGGAGGAGCAAAGCAAAGUUCAAAGGGAGAAACAAAAUGCACUCGCAACCUCUCCUCCUGGUCUCCACCUCAGCUGAUUGCUGCCACUGACUGUUUGAUUGUAUCACUGUGAUUGAAAAGAGUGUUUGUUUUCAGCCAACUAACCUCUCAGGGUGAUGGAUUUCUAACCUUUCAUGUUGAUUGCUGUGAUGUGGCAUUGUGUUUUUCACUCGGUGUCAGCAAAGAGGGCCUGAAGACAAGAUACUGAGCAUGUGUGGCAGUCACACACUGGACGGGCACAUUUAAUACACACACACACACACACAUACACAUACACCAGAUGGAUGCUUUUCAAUAGGUUAACAUAUUUGUUCCACUUGUGUGCGUCUGACGCCUCAGCAGCUGUUUACUGUGGCACCUCCUAUAGAUCAGCCUAUUUCUCUUGCACAUUGUCUGAUGUUGACACUAGUGUGCCACCCGCAUAUACAUGUACUCCCCCCGCCUUCUCCAACACCUCCCCCUUUUCCCUGGAGCGAGGCGCGUACAGUAGCAAUCACGAUGAAAAAUGGAUGGAGAGAUUAGUGGCGCUUUGUCACCGUGUUGUGUGCUCUCCAUCCCAACAUGCCGAGGGGCUUGUUGUUGUGACUGAUAAAAUGCCUGCUGCCUCUGAUGACUUCAAUUAUGCUGCAUAGCAUAUAUCAAGAGAAUGAUCAGUCCCGCUCUCUGUCGCCUCCUGGAGCGUUGAUGUGCCACCACGCAACGAACGCAAUGCACUGUGGAAAACCCUCAAGUGCUUUGAUUCUAGAUGAUGAAAACGUGUUUGUUUUCUGUGUUUGUGCGACUGAAUUUGACUGCACAGGAGAUGACGUAACUCUUGAAGCAUCUCUUGCCCCCUCUGGUUGUAUCUCUGGGGAGAACAUCAUCCUGUAUCAGAUCUGCUGUGGAAUGAUUAUGUAGCUGUGAAGAGGGAGAGGUAGCACACUAACACACACACACACACACACACACACACACACACACACUCAGAAGUCAUCACCAGCAGCAGGAACAUGAUAACCCUAGAGACAACUACUCUAUGUGUUUGUAUUGACUGCUACAGACGUGUUUUAUCCUAUCCGACCUUUGUUUGUGUUGAUAUAUUCUGAGCUGCAGCAUCGACAUAGAGACAGUGGAUGGAUUGAAGUCACCACAAGAAUAAAUGACUUGUUUGUUCAGCGCUUCUUUACACAUUCUUACCAAAGAGGAGAGGAGAGUAAAUAGAAAGUGAGAAAUGUUAAUGUGUCUACUUAUGAAGUGACGUGAAGAAAAUUGGCAGACUCCCAGGAGUAAGAUAUUAGCUGUUUUUCCCAAGUGCAGCAUAUUGAGCCAUAAAUCACUGUUCAUGCACCAAGUUCCUGUUUCUCACUACCAAUGUGUAUGCUGCAAACCAUGUUUAAUGCAUGGCGACUCAUGUUCUAUAGAGUCACACUCAUGGGCCCGAGGCCUGACUUCUUCCACUUGAAAAUCUGGUGAGGUCCCCUAUCGUGGCACUUGCAGGAGAAGGGGGCACAAGGUGUAUCAUGGUGGGUUUGUCUGAUGCACAUACCUAGGGCGCCAAUUAAGAGGCUAGUUUUCCCCACAUCAAAUUUUGGGGACAGUUUCUAACUACGGACGUGUUUUUAUAACCGACAAUUUUUUUUAUCCUUACCUCUCCUAGCUAUAAGUACCACCUGUUAGGUGGGGUUUUUCGUGAUGCAGGGCCACAACAUCACCAGUGAUAAUUCAAUCACACCACACAGCCUGGGAAAGGAACUCCUCAAAUGGCAGGAACAAAAAGUACGCUAUACAGAGAGAUGGAAGGAUCACUGACCAGGAGGUCUUACAAUGUAGAUAAGCUGUUAUCCUGCUACAGCUACCUAAAGAAAAGCCUUAGGGUUGCCACAUUUGGUCUUUUAGAACAUGCUUUUGGGAUGUAAAUGGCACCAAACUUGUCCUUUGUCUGUUUAACACGAUCACCACACAAGCAUUAAAUAUACUGUCUUCAUGCCAGAGGCUUUAUCCUCUGUAAUACUCUAUAGUGUAGUGAAAUGGUGUCAAUCUGCAAAGACGUUUAUGCAAGCACAUAUUUACUCACAUUACCAUCUGUGUUUACCACUUCUUCUAUGUAAAGGAUAAUGCCGUGGCAGAAGGACGCUUCAAUGCACGUAUACGCACAUACGCUUUAAUAUUAGUUUACUCCUUGACAAAUGUCUCAGAGAGGAAUACAAACUGUGUUCACUCUGUUAUGAGUGAUUUACUCAACCUCUUAUGGGUCUCUCUUAUGUGCAAUUUCCAGUCUCCUUUUUUUCAUUUCUGGCUUUAUGAAUUGUUGACACGAGACAUGAAUAUGAAAGCCAUACGUAUAUGCUUAGAAACAUAAUUUGUCACAUGAUGUUUAGUGCAGAGAGCUUUUACUUUGCCAAAAAGAGGUUGAUCAUACUCUUCCUGCUGCUGCAGUGAAAUUGUUUUGAGCUGAAGUCACGAGGUUUAUUGAUAUUGCAGCUUUUCUAGAACAUGACAGAAAUAAAAAACACACGCUAUGAAUAAUCUCAAUGGUAAAGCUGAUGUAAUUAUGCUCACAUAUAUGCUGUUGACAUAACUGAACACGAUGUCAGACUAAUAAUGUCAAGGUGAGUGUAAUCUUAAACUUCACCAGGUGGUGGCAGUUGUUCACCAUUAACCUGUCUGACAUAUCAACGCUUGAACUGACGGUGAUCACCUCUGCACUCGCAACUGAGCAUAACGGAUGACACCGA